AUGGACUCUCCAGCAUGGCAAGCAGAAGAAAUGACAAUCACCAAGUUCCAUGAACUACUCCGUGUAGACCCGUCCAUCGGCCCGGAGCUGGUAAAAAAAUAUCUCGAAGCAAUCCAGCAGCACGACGGGACCCUCAAAGCCCUCAUCACCAUAAACAGCAGAGCCCUGGAAACCGCCAUAGAGAAAGCUACCGAAACACUCACAUACAACCAAACCAACAAACCAUUCCCACUAUUACACAGCGUGCCCAUCAUCCUGAAAGACAACUACAGCACGACAGAUCUACCAACAAGUGCAGGCGUCCAAGCCCUCCAAAACCUACGUACAAAAGAUGACAGCGAAGUCGUCUCCCAGCUACGCGCCGCAGGAGCAAUAAUCCUAGCAAAGGCCAACCUCCACGAAUUCGCCCUGCAGGGAACAACCCUCUCCUCGCUCGGCGGGCAAACCCUGAACCCAUACGACAAGGCCCGCACACCGGGCGGAUCCUCUGGCGGGACUGGCGCAGCGCUAGCGGCGAACUUCGGGCUCGCGGGGUGCGGGACAGACACGAUGAACUCGCUGCGGUCGCCUGCGUCUGCGUGCGGGAUUGUGGGGUUCAGACCGUCAACGGGGAGGGUAUCGUGUGUGGGAGUUGUACCUGUUUCCCAGACACAGGAUGUUGCUGGGCCGAUGGGGAAGAGUGUUGGGGAUGUGAGGAUUUUGUAUAGGGUUAUGAAGAGGCCGGAUGGGGGAGAGGGGGAUUCUUUGGAUACAUCUGAAAUGAUACCGCGGACUGGUCGUCAAGUUCGAAUUGGAGUCUUGGAGGCUUAUUUCCAGGAUGAAUCUGUGGAAUCGGAGUAUAUCGCCGAGAACAAGAUCGUGCAGGAUAUUAUCCGGUCGAGUUUGAAUUCUGUACAGGAACAAGAUGCGGAUAUCGUCUUGGUACCUCUCGCCCCAUCCAGUCAUCCAGACUGGAGCUAUGGAACCCUGUUUGCAAAGGGGGAUACACAGGCUUUCGAGUUCAAGCACUAUCUCGACGAGUUCCUGCGGUCGGCACUUGUUUCGUCAACACCGCACCGAUCACUGGAAUCUAUUGCCCAGAGCGGCGAGUUCGAUCUAGAAGCCAUGACGCACGUUUUCUCUGCUGCAUUGGAGGAUCCGGAGACAUUUUCACUGAUGAGCGAGGCAUAUCGAAGUCGACUGGAGUAUAUCGCUGCGCUCAAAGAGUCUGUGAAACAAUGUUUUGAUAGGUACGAUAUCGACGCGCUGGCAUAUCCGCACCAGACACAGCUCCCUGUGAAGAUUGGUGCGAAGCUGCAGUCUGGACGGAAUGGUGUCUUGGCUGCGUUAACGGGGAGGCCUGCUAUUUGUAUUCCUGCUGGAUGGAGCCCUAAGACUGCAUCUGCUGUGCUUGGUGUUCCUGUUGGGUUGGAGCUGAUGGGCCGGCGUUGGGGGGAUGAUGAAUUGCUGGAUAUUGCGGAGCGGGCUGAGCGGAUUCUUAAGGGUAGAGUGGCUAUAUAUUGA